GACGAAGGGGGCGGGGCGGCGCCCGGGAGCGGCGCCUGAAGCGGGCGGGGAGGAGGGGGCGUGGCUUGAAGGCUGGGUGGGGCCUUUUGUUCGGUCUGAGGGAAGAAAGAGGAGCGGCGGCCGCCAGCCUUGCCCAGCCGGGGCCAUGUCGUACAUUCCGGGCCAGCCGGUCACGGCCGUCGUGCAAAGAGUCGAAAUCCACAAGCUCCGCCAAGGGGAGAACCUAAUUCUGGGCUUCAGCAUCGGAGGUGGCAUCGACCAGGACCCCACCCAGAAUCCCUUCUCGGAGGACAAAACUGACAAGGGCAUUUAUGUCACGAGAGUGACGGAAGGUGGCCCGGCAGAAAUUGCUGGCCUUCAAGUGGGAGACAAAAUAAUGCAGGUGAACGGGUGGGACAUGACGAUGGUCACCCACGACCAAGCCCGGAAGAGGCUGACCAAACGGAACGAGGAAGUGGUCCGGCUCCUGGUGACCAGGCACUCCCUCCAGAAGGCCGUGCAGCAGUCCAUGAUGUCCUAACUGCCCUGUUGGGCUGGGAUGAAGGAGGAUCCGGAACGGGAAGCGGGAAGGACACUUGAUCACAGUUCACCAGCGGGCCACAGAGCACUGACUGCCUGCCAGAAAAACCCUCUUCAAAUGCGACACGGCCCACUUCAUCGCUGAAGCUGUGAUGCUGUGGGCGUUGUCACUCUGUCUCUUAGGAGCGUUUUUUUGGUAGCACGGUCGGACUGUCCUCCAGCCCCGCCCCUGAACUAUAGAAGGCAACCAAUCAAGACACUCCCUGGGAAAGCGAAGCCAGUCCAAGAUGUGAAGAGCAUCUUAGUUUGAGGUCCAGCCCCAAGGGUAGAAUCCACCUUAAGCGCUGUCUUUGCCAGAGGCCUUAGUGAAAGGGACUAAGUCCCUGGUGUAUUCUGCUCAUAAAUUCCGCCUGGGCUGCCUUGUCUUCCAAGAGUGACAAAAGCCACCACAACUCUUCAUAUGGGAGAGACAAGACUAGGGUUGCCAGCACUGGCUUGGGAAAUACCUGGAGACUUUGAGGGUGGGGUUUGGGGAGGGGUCAAACCUCAGCAGGGUUCUGCUGCUCAUAGUGCCCAUUCUCCAAAGCAGCCAUUUUCUCCUGGGAGAAGAGCAAUUUGUUAUAGUGGGAGAUCUCCAGGCGGUACCUGGAAGUUGGCAACCCUAGGCAAAGCUCUGGCAUUUCUGGUUACUCAGAGGCUUUCUUAUCAGGAUCUACGGAUAGGAUCUGUGACUCAAAAACAUGAAACGCUCUUAACCUGUGUUUUUCAAGGCAGCCAAAGCACAUUUCACAUUUUUUAGAAAAGGCAUUACUGUAAAUAACUGUUUUGAUAUUGUCGCAUUCCUGUCUGGAAACUCGAGACUAGCACGCCAAAUGGCAAUCUAGCAGAGACAGAGCCUGGUACCGAUGAAGAUUCCUGUUGCCCAGAUCGUGCCCAAUCCACACGCGGUGCCAAACUUCUCGUGGGACUUUCCUUGAGACCUGCGUCAGACACUAAUAGCUCUGCGGCCUGAGAGGUCUCUCCCCCUGAAAGUUCCCUGUUGUGCUUUAAUGAAUACCAAAUGCUGCAUCAUGGAAGGCAAACCACUUCUGACCAAACGAGCAGCUGAAUGUAUAGAUGAUUUUGAAGCCCCCCUCAGCUUCCCUGCUACUGUUUGGCAAACUCUUAAAAUGUUAAGGGACAGCUGUGACUAGCGCCUUAAGCUUUUUUUUUUGGAAGGGAGGGGUUGUUCCUAAAUCACGCUUUGGAAAGUAAGAGAAGGCUGCUGUUGGGGAGAACCCUGCUGUGCCCUGAUUCCUUUUGCACAGCAGCGGAUGCCCCUGCCACCCGCAGUCUCUCUCUCUCUCUCUCGGGCUCUUUUCGGCCCUCCCCAAGUUGGCUUCUGGUUUCUCUUUCCCUCUUUUCUGAUCGUCCCUUCAAACUGUGGGUUUUUUUUUAAACGCACUGUAAAUAAUCCUCCUGUGGAAGUUUCACUAACUUAUUUCAGUAUAUUACUGCUACCCCCCACUUGUGUGCUGAUUUUACCUGAGUCAUAUUAACUCGGGCCUGGGACUGGAGAAGAAUGUCGUCUGUCUUUGCCACUCGCUGCCUCCUGUGCUGUGUUUUGUUCUGGGGUCUUUUUUAAUAACUUGAGCUGCAAGCCCCGCCCAGUGGUUUUGGGGUAACAGCAAGUUUGCAGUAGCCUGGUGUCUUGGGGGGUUGCGUUUUGCUGCCCUGAAUGAUUUUUGCAUACAAUAAAACGGCUGGGUUUUCUAGUUUGACUGUU